GAAAACCCAAAUCCAAAUGCAAGUGAACGGGGAUCAUGUGAAGGUAUCGGAGGUCCGAUUAUCGCAAUUCUACUCCGUAUAUAUCUCCGGUUCCAAAACAAUGGGCACAGACCCUUGUCCGCCAUUGAUUACCGAUCAGGGUUAUUGAACCUUGGGAUCGCAUACAUAGAAGAACCAUGUUGGGUUUGAAUUAUACUUCCAUCUGUUCAAAUAUAAUCGAUGAUUAUGCAAGUUUAAGUACCGAAAGACGAUGGUUGUUAUCCGUUGUUUGGGGCAUCAUUAUGUGUAAACUUUCUUAUGAAUUUACAGGAAUAAUUACCCCCUUGGUCUUCAAAGGUUUCAUCAAACUCAGCAACGCACAUAAACUUGAAUGGAAAAACCGGGGUUUCUCCACCUUCCAUGCGCUUUUCGUGGUUGUUGCUUCUUUUUACUUUUUGCUCAUUUCGGAUCUUUUUGAUGAACAUGUCAAUGACGGGUUGAUCAUCAAGAGAAGGUCUACCUUAUCGGACACCAUACUUGGGAUGUCUUCCGGUUAUUUUUUGUCGGACAUGGCCAUGAUUAUUUGGACUUAUCCAACUUUAGGCGGUCUUGAAUAUGUAUUGCACCAUGGCUUGUCGAUGUUUGCAAUCACGCAAUCAGUGUUAAGUGGCGAAGCUGAGAUGUACAUCUUCAUGGUUCUUUUCACGGAGAGUACAACACCCUUUGUGAACAUAAGAUGGUAUUUGGAUGUUGCGGGUAUGAAGGCUUCGAAGCUUUACUUGUGGAAUGGUAUUGCAAUGUUCUUAGGGUGGCUGGUUGCAAGGAUCUUGUUGUUUGGCUUCUUUUUCUACCACAUCUAUAAUCACAUUGAUGAGGUGAGACAAGUCCAUACGGCGGCCUUUUACAGCCUGCAUAUAAUUCCGCCGGUGCUAGCGGUGAUGAAUUUGUUCUGGUUCUUCAAGAUUGCCAAAGGGAUGGUAAGAACUCUCAGGAAGAAGACUCAUAGCCAUACCAGCUGAUCUCAGUCUUCACCCAGUACAAAAAAGAAAGGAUAAUUAUGUAAUUACACAUCCUGUGAAUUCAAACUGUGUAUAGUUUAGUUCUAUUUUGAUGCUUAGCCAAUUGAUAGUCUUCUGUUUUGGCCCAGAAAUUGCUACCCCUGAUAUUUAUAAAAAAUGUAUUUUCCAUUAA